UCUUAAAACUUGUCUGUCACAUACAUUGUUCUUGCUUAACAUUGAAUCAAAACAAAUUUGAAAAUAAUGAACGUAAUAUGUUAUUUCAAACAAAAAACUCUUUAAAAUAUCGAAAAUUUACAAAUAAAUAUUGUGCACCCAACUGAAAAAUGUCACCGCUUUACUUUAUAUUAGCUCUUUAUACAUCUUUUUCAUUGCCAAUAUUCUAUUUGGUCUUUAAUGCAUCCGAAUUGGUGGUGGAUGAGGAAUUUCACUUAAGACAAGGACGUCAUUACUGUUUGGGAAAUUUUGAUAUAUGGGACCAAAAGAUAACAACAUUCCCAGGUUUAUACAUUUUUUCAGCGAUACUUCUUUGGCCGGCCCAGUUAUUUGGUAUGGAUUUAUGCAGUACUUUUGCACUUCGACUAACAUCCUUAUUUGCAUCAAUUAUAAACGUUGUUUUGAUCUAUGAAAUUCGACGAAAUGUCCUUCAAAAAGUAAACUCAAUCAAAAUUGCAUUUGAAACUCUUAUACUGUCGAUUAUGCCGCCAAUGUAUCUUUUUGCGCAUCUUUAUUACACCGAUAUUGUUUCCAUCACAAUGGUUUUAGCUAUGUUUUUGCUCAACCAAAAGCAAAGACAUAGGCUUUCUGCCAUUUUUGGAUUUUUGAGUGUGUUGAUGCGACAAACAAACAUUGUCUGGGUUGGAAUGAUUCUUGGUUAUUCAAUUAUGGAUAAGAUAAUUUCUCAAACAUUGCCAUUUAUAAAAGACUCGGAAAAACGUUCGAAUAAUUCAUACAACUUUCAGGACAUAUUUUCUGUGCUUGGGUUUUAUUUAAAACGCGUUUAUUUAGUUCCAAAACAAGUUCGACUUUUAUUCAUUCACUUCAUCGGUUAUAUCUUAGUCAUUGUUGGAUUUAUUGCAUUUGUUUUAGUCAACGGUUCAAUUGUGGUUGGCGAUAAAAGUGCUCACGAAGCCGCUUUGCAUUUGACUCAGAUUUUUUAUUUUAGCAUCUACUACACGAUAUUUGCACCGUCCGUUACUCUGAAAUUCAUUGAAACGACCAUGAAAAUGAUUCAAAAGCACUGGAUCCUGGCCAUAUUGCUAACACUAGCAUCUACAAUUGUAAUUUAUUCUAAUACAAUUGUACAUCCUUAUUUAUUAGCUGAUAAUCGUCAUUACGUUUUCUACGUAUGGAACAAGCUAUACGGGAAAAUGUGGUGGUUUAGAUUUGCCAUGGUACCUCUAUAUCUGAUAUCUAUAUCUAUUUUGUAUCAGUCAAUCGCGAUGCGCUCAGCAGGUUUUCAACUGACUUACAUACUGUGCACAAUUGUAUCGAUUGCUUUUCAACAGCUGAUUGAACUGCGAUAUUUCAUAAUUCCAUUUAUGAUAGCGCGUAUUUCGACCUCUUCCGUUAAAUUUAAGCUAUUAGUUUUCGAACUAAUACUGUAUUUGUUCAUUAAUCUAAUCUUUUUUUAUAUAUUCACCACGAAAGAAAUUUACUGGUCGGAUUAUGCUCAUGUUCAAAGACUAAUUUGGUAAGAAUUUGUAAUUAAAAUGAAAUAAAAAAAACAUUAAAAAUACAAGCAAAUAAAA